AUGUCCCAUUUCUCUCCGUUCCCUCCCACCAACCCCUUUCAAAACCACUUGGCGUACAAGAAGCACCCGAGCAACCUUCCCAGCGAUGCCAUGCUGCCUCCUGCUGCUUCUUUCAGUAUCUUCAACCACAAGAAGGAUCUCAGGAACAUCUUUCCCAGCUAUGCCAUGCUGCCCCCUGCUGCCGUCUUUGCUCCUCUUUCUCUCCCCUUAUCCUUUCUGUCCCCUUAUCCUUUACUCCUAUCACUCCCCCUCAUCUUAAACCAUUCCUUCCCUUAUUCCUCCUUCCUUUUCCCUCUUCCUCUCCCUUUUCCUCCUCCCUCUCCUCUUUUCCCUUUCCUCUCCAUUUACCGUCGUCAUCUCACUUUACCCUUUUCCCUCUUCCUUUACCCCCUUCCCUCCUUUUCCCCUUUCCCUCCCUUAUUCCCCUUCCCUCCCUGCAACCCCUCCCCUUCAUUUACACUCCUCCCUUCAUUUAACCCUUCCCCUCCCUUCACCCCCUCCUAUCCCUGUAUUCCUUCCCGGCUGCCACGUCGGACUGCCCUUCCAAGACAGACUGCCUCCAAGACGGACUGCCUCCAAGCCGGACUGCCUCCAAGACGGACUGCCUCCAAGACAGACCGCUUUUCAAAGACGGACUGCUUUUCCAAGACAGACUGCCUUACCAAGGCGGACUGCCUAACCAAGACGGACUGCCUUACCAAGACGGACUGCCUUACCAAGACGGACCACCUUACCAAGACUGACUGCCUUUCCAAGACGGACUGCCUUUCCAAGACGAACUGCCUUUCCAAGACGGACUGCCUUUCCAAGACGGACUGCCUUACCAAGACGGACGGCCUUACCAAGACGGACGGCCUUACCAAGACGGACUGCCUUACCAAGAGGGACUGCCUUACCAAGACGGACUGCCUUACCAAGACGAACUGUCUUACCAAGACAGACUGCCUUACAAAGACGGACCGCCUCUCCAAGACGGACUGCCUUACCAAGACGGACUUCCUUUUCAAGACGGACUGCCUUACGAAGACGGACUGCCUAACCAAGAGGGACUGCCUUACCAAGAGGGACUGCCUUAUCAAGACGGAAUGCCUUACCAAGACGGACUGCCUUACCAAGACGGACUGCCUUACCAAGUUACAAUGCCUUACCAAAACCGACUGCCUUACCAAGACGGACUGCCUUACCAAGACGGACUUCCUUACCAAGACGGACUGCCUUACCAAGACCGACUGCCUUUCCAAGACGGACUGCCUUACCAAGACGGACUGCCUUACCAAGACAGACUGCCUUACCAAGACGGACUGCCUUACCAAGACGGCCUGCCUUACCAAGACGGACUGCCUUAUCAAGACGGACUGCCUUACCAAGACCGACUGCCUUACCAAGACGGACUGCCUUACCAAGACAGACUGCAUUACCAAGAGGGACUGCCUUACCAAGACGGACUGCCUUACCAAGACGGACAGCCUCCAAGACGGACUGGCUUACCAAGACAGACUCCCGUACCAAGACGGACUGCCUUUCCAAGACGGAGACGGACUGCCUUACCAAGACGGUCUGUCUUACCAAGACGACUGCCUUACCAAGACGGACUGCCUUUCCAAGACGGACUGCCUUACCAAGACGGACUGCCUUACCAAGACGGACUGCCUUACCAAGACGGACUGCCUUACGAAGAUGGACUGCCUUACCAAGACGGACUGCCUUACCAAGAGGGACUGCCUUAUGAAGACGGACUGCCUUACCAAGACGGCCUGCCUUACCAAGACAGACUGCCUUUCCAAGACGAACUGCCUUACCAAGACGGACUGCCUUACAAAGACGGACUGCCUUACCAAGACGGACUGCCUUACCAAGACGGACUGCCUUUCCAAGACGGAGUGCCUUACCAAGACGGACUUCCUUACCAAGACGGACUGCCUUACCAAGACGGACUGCCCGGACUGCCCUACCAAGACGGACUGUCUUACCAAGACAGAAUACUUUACCAAGAUGGACUUCCUUUCCAAGACGGAAUGCUUUUCCAAGACGGACUGCCUUACCAAGACGGACUGCCUUACCAAGACGGACUUCCUUACCAAGAUGCACUGCCUUACCAAGACGGACUGCCUUACCAAGACGGACUUCCUUAUCAAGACGGACUGCCUUACCAAGACCAACUACCUUACCAAGACGCACUGCCUUACCAAGACGGACUGCCUUACCAAGACGGACUUCCUUACCAAGACGGACUGCCUUACCAAGACCGACUGCCUUUCCAAGACGGACUGCCUGACCAAGACGGACUGCCUUACCAAGACAGACCGCCUUACCAAGACGGACUGGCUUACCAAGACGGCCUGCCUUACCAAGACGGACUGCCUUAUCAAGACGGACUGCCUUACCAAGACCGACUGCCUUACCAAGACGGACUGCCUUUCAAAGACGGACUGCCUUACCAAGAGGGACUGCCUUACCAACACGGACUGCCUUACCAAGACGGAGUGCCUCCAAGACGGACUGUCUUACCAAGAUGGACUGCCUUACCAAGACGGACUUCCUUUCCAAGACGGACUGCCUUACCAAGACGGACUGCCUUGA